AUUGUUUCAGCAGAUAGUAGUGUAGUAUCAGACAAUGUUUCCCAGUGUGGAGAUGGAGAAAGUGGGAGGCCACCGCCUUAUCAUCAUGGAGAGAACACAAGCCAGCUGGAGGAUUCAACGUGCACAGAAACAGAAAGUGUCAUCUCCACCCGUAGAGACCGACACCACAGAAGCUCGCGCCACCAUAAGUAUGAUAAAUACAAUGAUCGGCACUUUGUGGAUCCUAUGCGGAUCAAUGGUCAUGGAAGCCGUGUGCCUCGACACCACGGCUAUGAGUCAUCGUCUAUGAUCAGUUCUGAUUUAGAAUCUACUAGCUUCUUUGACUCGGAUGAUGAUGCCUCCAGUCGUAUCACUGCCACCACAACAGGAAGCAGCAGCGUAUCUCGCCUCCAUGCCCGCCAUCGACGGAAAAAGCAGCGCCGACACCGCCUGCAACCCCCUAUGUCUCGCACUUCUUCUAUAUCUUCUAUUACUGACUCUACAAUGUCUCUUAAUAUUAUUACUGUCACGUUAAACAUGGACACUGUCAAUUUUCUGGGGAUAUCUAUCGUUGGGCAAUCAAGUAAAGGUGGCGAUGGUGGUAUCUAUGUGGGAUCAAUUAUGAAAGGUGGUGCGGUAGCAUUAGAUGGGCGUAUAGAACCUGGAGAUAUGAUCCUCCAGGUUAAUGACAUAAACUUUGAGAACAUGAGUAAUGACGAAGCAGUUCGGGUGUUGCGAGAAGUUGUUCAAAAACCAGGGCCAAUCAAACUUGUUGUAGCUAAAUGUUGGGAUCCCAAUCCAAAGGGCUAUUUCACCAUACCUCGCACAGAGCCUGUUCGACCCAUUGACCCCGGUGCGUGGGUUGCCCAUACUCAAGCAUGCCGAGGAAUACCAGGAGAGUUUCCUGGACGUCCGCCAUCUGUCAGCACCUUAACUUCGACCAGCUCUUCUAUCACUUCCAGCAUCCCAGAAUCAGAGAGACCGUAUGAAGAGAUGAAGUUGACUGUGAACACACCAAUGGAUACGAUAGUGCGGGCGAUGGCUGCACCAGACUCAGGUUUAGAAAUCAGAGACAGGAUGUGGCUAAAGAUUACCAUACCCAACGCAUUCAUUGGUAAGUCCCUAUACCAUGUUUUGUCCAUAGAAGCUAGUAUUGUGUAGUAUGAUCUUAUAUACAUUGAUUAAUUUCCUUUUUUAUCAGU